AAACCCUUUUCCUCCUCCAUCGUAAUCCAAACCAACCCCAGUGGAGAAGACGAAGCAUUCAGACUUGAGAGGGAAAAGCAAAAAACGAUGUCGCAGCUCUUAUCUUCUCCUCCAAUGGCGGUUUUCUCCAAAACCCAUAAGUUUACAGACGCUCGUUUUCUCUCUUCUCACUCAAUUCUCACCUCCGGUGGUUUCGCCGGAAAAAUCGUUCCUUUAAAAAAACCGACGGCGAGGUUGAAAUUAACGGUGAAGUCUCACCAAGAUGAUUACUUUGAGAAGAAGAGGUUCGGUGACGUGUCUUCUUCUUCGUCUACGCAAAACACUGAAGGAUCUUCUCCUAGAUUCUACGUGGGCCAUUCGAUUUACAAAGGGAAAGCUGCUCUUACGAUAGAGCCACGAGCUCCUGAGUUUGUGGCUUUGGAAUCUGGUGCGUUCAAGCUUACAAAGGAAGGUUUUUUGUUGCUCCAGUUUGCUCCUGCAGCUGGUGUUCGUCAAUACGAUUGGAGUAAGAAGCAGGUGUUCUCGUUGUCAGUUACAGAAAUUGGUAACCUAGUUAGCCUUGGGCCGAGAGAAUCAUGUGAAUUCUUCCAUGACCCAUACAAGGGAAAAGGAAGUGAUGAAGGUAAAGUGAGGAAAGUACUGAAAGUUGAGCCCCUCCCAGAUGGUUCUGGCCGCUUCUUUAACCUGAGUGUUCAAAACAGGCUCUUAAAUGUAGAUGAGAAUGUGUAUAUACCAAUCACUAAAGCAGAGUUUGCUGUUCUUAUCUCUGCUUUCAACUUUAUCUUGCCCCACCUUAUAGGCUGGAACGCAUUUGCGUCCUCCAUCAAACCAGAAGACUCUAACCGACUUAACAAUGCGUCACCUAAGUAUGGAGGAGACUACGAAUGGAGUAGAUGAUGGAGAUGGAGGCAACCUUGCAAAAUCGGUUCUUCCGUCCGUCCCAUCUUUUUGUUAUUUCAAAUCAAUGAAUCACCAAGAGCUGUUCGAGACAGAGAACACAAAAAAAAAAAAAAAAAAAAAAAAA